AACAAGUCGACCCAAUAGCCACUGUAUCGCCUCUCUUGCUUCGAGACCAGCGUUUUUCAAAUUUGGAGGUAUGGCACCUUCCAUGCAUGACCCACGGGUCGAGUUCGAAUCAAGAUUCGGAAUCACCGAUCUGGAUGCCUUGCCAGAUACAUACGGCUGGCCCAGAGAGAAUGCGGAUGGAUAUAGGAUAAAAGAGCAACUAUGCGGGACCGAACGCCCCAUGCGCAUCGUCCAUAUUGGUUGCGGAGCGUCAGCUAUCGCACUGGCAAAGUUUCUACCUGAGAUGUUGAAUAAUGUCUCUUUCACCUGCUACGACAAGAAUGAGGAGAUUGGAGGAACGUGGUGGGAAAACAAAUACCCGGGAAUAGCGUGUGAUAUUCCAUCUGCCAAUUAUCAGUUCACAUGGGCUAGAAAUCCAAACUGGUCGCAGUUCUAUUCGUCUGGCACAGAGAUCUGGCAAUAUCUCAAAGACGUUGUCGUUCGAUAUGACCUGGACAAAUACAUGAAACUGAAUCAUCUUAUCACUGGGACGUACUGGGAUGACGAGACUGGUUUAUGGAAGGUCCACAUCGAGGACCUUAUUAGCGGCGCCAAAUUCAUUGAUCAUGCCGAAGUUCUGAUAAACGGGAGUGGUUUACUCAAUAACUGGAAGUGGCCGGAUAUCGACGGCUUGCACAGCUUUCAGGGUAAGAUAUGUCACACUGCAAACUACGACACUAGCAUCGACCUGCAUGGUAAACGCGUAGCAGUGAUCGGAGUCGGUAGCAGUGGUAUUCAAGUGACAGCAACCAUUGCUCCCCAGGUUGGUCAUCUCUAUACCUGGAUCAGGUCACCUACAUGGGUCACGGCAGGAUUUGCUCAGAAAUUUGCGGGUCCUGAUGGUGGGAACUUUGCCUACACGGCUGAGCAGAAGAAAUCCUUCACCGAAAACCCAACCGAAUACGUCAAAUACUGCAAAACAAUAGAAGACGAGCUGAACCAACGCUUCAAAUUCAUUCUGGCCGGGACACCAGAGGCUGAGGAAGCCAAAGCAUUUUCACGGAAUCAAAUGGAGGAAAGACUCAAAGGAAGACGUGACCUGAUAGACAAGCUAAUUCCGACCACGUUCGGAGUGGGAUGCAGGCGUCCAACGCCAGGACCAGGUUUCCUUGAAGCUCUGACAAUGCCCCAUGUAACGACUUUUACUCAGGACCUGCAACAAAUCACCCCCAAAGGGUUUUUGGACCACCAGGGCGUGGAGCACGACGUUGACGUAAUAAUCUGCGCUACUGGGUUCGACACGACGUGGAUCCCUCGUUUUCCUAUUGUUGGAAAAACUGAAACAAAUCUACAAGAUUCGCUCAAGGGAAAACCGAUCUCGUACCUUGGUGUCGCAUUCCCGGACAUACCUAACUAUUGGACUGGUGUGGGCCCAUAUGGACCCCUUGGUCAUGGCUCAUUUUUCCCGAUUGUUGAGAUGGUCUAUCGACAAUUCCUUACAAUUGUCAAAAAGAUGCAGACCGAGAACAUUAAGAGUAUCACUCCGCGCCAUGAAGUCUGCGAUGCUUUUGCAGCCCACGCAGAUGUCUUUUUGAAACGAACUGCCUGGUCCGGUGAUUGCCGAAGCUGGUUUAAGCAAGGCAGACGCGAUGGACCAUUGGCAAUGUUUCCUGGCACCCGACUGACGUACUUCACUUUGAUGGAGAAACCGAGGUAUGAGGAUUAUAGGAUCGAAUAUCAAAGCGGCAACCCUUUCGGGUUCUUAGGGAAUGGCUUCUCCACCAGAGAGUACAACGGUAGCGACCUCUCUUGGUACUUGGGCGAUGGUUUGACGCCUGGCGGUGUUCUCCCUCCGGCAGACCCCACGACGCGGGUUAGUUUUAAGGGAGUUGUGGCUCUGUAGAAGAUCGAUGCAGCAUUGGUCUGUUAGAGACAAAUAGAUGCCUGGUUCGCCUGUCUCUGUGUGUGU